AAAGAGGUGCUAGCUAUGUCAUGCAGUUGCGACCCAAGCACCCAGAGCCUCCCGCGUGCUCCAGUCCUGCCUCGCCCACUCCUCUGCAUCCUGCCGCAGAAAGGGCGACUGCUGGCGGCAAGGGCGGGCGACGGCGGCAAGGGCGUCGAGGACGAGAUAGACCUACUGCAGGAGACGAGAGGAGGCGCGAGGGGAGAGGAGACGAGGGAGAUACUCCGGGAGCGCUGCAGCCGUCGAGUCGGCCCACGCGAAUCUUGGUGCCCACGGUGGGCCCGUCUUCUAAAUAGAUUAACCGAAAAUAGAAGUUAACUCCCUCCCCUCUCUCUCUCUUCCCAGUUCGUCGCUCUCUUCCUCUUCGCCGAAUCGCGACCCAAAAGUUCGAUCUUUGGGCUCCCUCCAAUCGGAUUCCCCCACGGCGCUUGGACCCGCCACCGCCGUUCCACGAGCUCCCGAUUGGAUCGCGCCCCGUCCCGUCCCGUCCCGUGUCGUCUGACCCCGGCGCCGCCGGCGCCAAUGCCCGGCGCGCGCAGCUCUGCCGCCCCGCUCCCGCCGCCUUGUUGCGAUAUGGGCGCGGGGCACGAUAUAGGGUGGUGAGAUCAUACUUUCUUCCCUUAUAAGGGACCUAAGACUGUUAUUGCGGAGGAAUUCUUGCGCCGCUCCGUGUGCAGUGGCGGGGGCGGCGGCGGCGACAGCAGGCGCGACCUGCUCGAUCUUGGUUCUCUGAGGGGUGCUUCCGCCGGAUUGCGAUGCAAUGUGGGCCACGCUCGGGUGGUGCUACUUUUGAUCUGUUUUCUAGUCUUUUGAGAUUUUGUGCAGAGAGGUGUGUUAUUCCUAGCUUGCUCGUGCUGUAGCUGAGAAAAAUUGCUAACAAUGUGCCAAAAUUUGUGGAUUGUUUUUGGUGCUCAUAAUGUUGUUCUUUAGCAGAUGAGGAUGCAAAUAUGAGGAUUUCUUUUAGGUGGUCCUAUUGCAGCCACCCAUGGAGGCCUCUGAUAAAACUUUUGCUGAUGUAGUUAAGCUUUUGACAUCAUGGCUGCCUCGUCGGUCCAAACCAGACAAUGUCUCAAGGGACUUCUGGAUGCCUGACCACAGUUGCCGAGUCUGUUAUGACUGUGACACACAGUUCACCAUAUUCAACCGCAGGCAUCAUUGUCGUCGUUGCGGGCGUAUUUUCUGUGGUAAGUGCACAGCAAAAUCCGUCCCAGUUAGAAGUGGCCCUGAUAAAAGCGUCUAUGAGGCGGACAAGAUUCGUGUCUGCAACUUUUGCUUUAAGCAAUGGGAGCAGGAGCAAACUAAUGUUUUCAAGCAGAUGCAGCCAGUGCUUAGCCCUUCCCUGUCUGAGGCGAGUCUGUUCAGUACAAAAUCAACUAUCACAGUUAACAGUGUGAGCACACCCGCUGGAUGUUACUCUACUGGAAAGUACCAGCAUAAUAUGGCUCGUGCCUCGAACAUUUGUCCUCCCAAAAUUUCCCAAGACAAAGCCUCCCAUAGUACUGAAAGCACCCAUGUGCCUGAGAAAAAUAUGCAGUCUAUUUCAAACAGAGAUGACUCUUCUUCGGUUCAAUUUGACUAUUACAGAAACAGGAGUGACGACGAAGAUGAAGAGUAUUCUUACUUCUCUGACAGGCAGGUACAACAUCAACAACACAAUAACCAGUACUUCCACUCAGAUGAGUUUGAUGAGUUUGAUGCAUCCUAUAAUUCAACGAUAUCAAGGGCUAUUGAAGAAAAUGUAAUUUCAAAGGAGUUAUCCUCUUAUGUGGUUGAUCAAGGAUUACCCAGCACAUUGCCAAUAACCAAAGUGGAGGAUGAUCCAGAACCUGAUAAUAGUUCAGAUUGCGGUGCUGCUUCAUCCAUUUAUGCCCUGGAAACUACUGAUACAAAUCCAGUGGAUUUUGAGAAGAAUGAUUUUUUUUGGAUUCCCCCUGAACCAGAAGAUGUAGAAGAUGAGGUGGAAGCUGAUUUGUUUGAUGACGACUAUGAUGAUGAUGAGCCUGUAUCUGAUGGUGGACGGUGGCGCAUUCGAUCGUCAAGUAGUUUUGGUAGUGGAGAAUUCCGAAGUAGAGAUCGCUCAAGCGAAGAACAUAAGAAAGUAAUGAAGAAUGUUGUUGAUGGACAUUUCAGGGCUUUGAUUUCUCAGCUGUUGCAGGUGGAGAAUAUUGCAUUACAGGAAGGUGAUGACAUGGGUUGGUUGGAGAUUGUUACUUCGGUAUCAUGGGAAGCUGCAAACUUCCUCAGACCUGACACAAGCCAAGGCGGAGGCAUGGAUCCUGGUGGAUAUGUCAAGGUUAAGUGUUUAGCGGGUGGACACUGCAGUGAAAGCACUGUUGUGAAAGGAGUAGUCUGUAAGAAGAAUGUCGCACAUAGGCGCAUGACUUCUAGAAUAGAAAAACCUCGUCUCCUUCUACUUGCUGGAGCUCUUGAGUAUCAUCGAGUUACGAAUCAGCUGUCAAGUAUUGACACAUUGCUCCAGCAGGAAACAGAUCACCUUAAAAUGGCAGUCGCGAAGAUUGUAGCUCAAAAACCCAACCUCCUUUUGGUUGAGAAUACAGUUUCUCGCUAUGCUCAAGAUUUGCUUCUAGAGAAGAACAUAUCACUGGUUUUAAAUAUUAAGCAAUCCCUCUUGCAGCGUAUAGCUCGUUGCACAGGUGCUCAGAUAGUUCCUUCUAUUGAUCUCUUACCAUCUCAGAAACUUGGUUACUGUGAGUUGUUUCAUGUCGACAAACACAUUGAACAUUCUAUGACUUCGGAUAAUAAGACUAAGAAAAUGCUGAAGACCAUGAUGUUUUUUGAAGGAUGUGCAAAGCCAUUAGGUUGCACUGUUCUGCUGAAGGGUGGUAGCAUGGAUGAGCUAAAGAAAAUUAAGCAUGUGGUCCAGUAUGGCAUAUUUGCAGCAUAUCACUUGGCCCUAGAAACAUCUUUCCUUGCAGAUGAAGGUGCCACGCUACCAGAACUUCCUUUGAAGUCUCCACUGACUGUAACCUUACCAGAUAAGCGAUCUGCUGCAGACAACUCUAUUUCGACGGUGCCAGGUUUUACAAUUGAUAUUUCCAACAGCCAACAAGCAAUUGGUAGUUUUGGGCACCUUGGCACAGACUCCAUUAUGUCAACUGACCCAGGUAGAACAGCUGUGGAUGAACCACCAGUAGACACUGCAUGUCCUAGUUCUCCAAAGACCAACUCUCACUCUAUUAGACCUUGGUAUACCAGUAACAUCUGGAAUGAUGCUAAAUUAGAGAAGGACACCACAUCUGAUGUACUCACUGACCAUUCGCAUAUAUAUUCUACUGUAGAAAAAGAACGCAUGUAUUCAGGUGAUUAUCAUGAUGGUUAUUUAACCAGGUCAGAUGGUAAAACAGUCAGAGCAGAUUCAACCAACACAAAUUGUUCCUAUAAUCAGAACACGUCUGUGAUCAACACAAACCACACUAGUUGUUCUAAUCACAAGGAGCCAUUAGAUGGUUCAAUUGCUUUGGCUGAUGUGAGAAUCAGCAACACCAAUGAUAUGGUGGUAGUGCGACCGGUGGCUAGCCCUGCUGUACAAAAUCAAGAAACCAGUCAAGGGUAUGAGAUUACUUCUACUAAGGAAGAAGUUCUGCCUUCUGAUCAUCAAAGCAUCUUAGUCUCUUUGUCCAUACGCUGUGUCUGGAAAAGAACUAUUUGUGAGCGUUCUCAGCUGUUUCGCAUCAAGUAUUAUGGUAACUUUGACAAGCCUCUUGGAAGGUUUUUGCGUGACUACCUGUUUGAUCAGGGUUAUCAGUGUCGUUCCUGUGAUAAGCCACCUGAAGCUCAUGUGCAUUGCUACACUCAUCGCCAGGGAAGUCUAACAAUAUCAGUUCGGAAACUUCCUAAUGUUGUUUUGCCAGGAGAAAGGGAUGGAAAAAUUUGGAUGUGGCACAGGUGUCUAAAGUGCCCUUGGAGUGACGGAUUUCCACCAGCGACUCAACGCAUUGUCAUGUCUGAUGCUGCUUGGGGUUUGUCACUUGGUAAAUUUUUGGAGCUUAGUUUUUCAAAUCAUGCAGCUGCUAGUAGGGUAGCCAAUUGUGGUCAUUCUCUCCACAGAGACUGCCUUCGAUUCUAUGGAUUUGGCAAAAUGGUGGCUUGCUUCCGUUACGCACCUAUUAAUGUUCAUUCUGUUCAUGUACCACCUCAUAAACUCGAUUUUACUCACCAACCCUUGGACUGGAUACAGAAAGAAGCUAAUGAGGUCAUUGACCGGGCAAAGGUUCUCUUUGAUGAAAUAUUACGUAGUUUGCACGUGAUCUCUGAGAAAAAGGCUCACAGCAGUUCUCUCAAUGUGGAAUGUCCCAAUUACAUCACUGACCUUGAAGGCAUGUUUCGAAAAGAAAAGUUAGAGUUUGAGGGGUGUCUGAAUAAAGUUUUCAAAAAGGAAGCACAGAAAUGUCAACCAGACAUUCUUGAGAUUAAUAGGCUGAGGAGACAGUUACUCUUCCAUUCAUACUUGUGGGAUCAAAGACUGAGAUUUGCUGCAAGAUCAGAUAGGAGUCGCCAUGAACUAUCCAACAUCAGGCAAGGAGAUAAGGAGAUGAUUCAUCCUGUGGACAGUUUUGCUGGACCAAAUGCCACCGAUCAACCUCAAAAGGAAAUUAGUGGAACUGAGGUGGCCAAUAAAGAUGUUAAAUAUGUCGAAAAGCUUCAAGAGAGCAUUUGUAGACAGAAUUGUGCUGCAGUUGAUGCAAGUAAUAGCUAUUGUAAUCUUGACCAGCAAAUAGCCACAUGUGAGUCGGACUCCCUCCAAAGAAGCAUCCAAACACCUCUGUACAGCAGCGUCAGUGUGAACGGUGAUACAGUGCCUUUGGAGUCUGAUCUUGUUGCUCGACGCACCCUUUCAGAAGGGCAGUUCCCCAGUAUAUUAGAUGUUUCCAAUGCACUUGAUGCAAAAUGGACUGGUGAAAAUGAUCCUAUUACUAGCAAGGUAAUAGUCCCAGAUUCUAUUGCAUCCUCAGAGGACUCGGAAGAACAUAUCAGUGAUACUACACCUUCAUAUGCGUCUGUAUUGCUGAACAAGCUAGGCGAUAGUGCAGAGGACCAUUCCAAUUGGAUAGGGAUGCCUUUCUUACAAUUAUACCGUUCUCUCAACAAGCAAUGGAGUCGUUCAAAAAGAUUUGAUGCUCUCAUUGAAUAUACACCUGUUCAUAUUUCUUUCUUAAGGGCAAUGGAGCGCCAGGUUGGGCCCAAAUUUCUCUUUCCAAUAGGUAUCAAUGACACUGUUGUUGGAGUUUAUGAUGAUGAACCUACUAGCAUCAUCUCUUAUGCGCUUACCUCUCAUGAAUACCAUCUGCAGCUGUCAGAUGAGCUGGACAGAGAAACAACAGAGACUUCACCCUCACUCUGUGAUUUGAGAAGUGUCUCAUUAUCUGAAUCGAUAGAUGAAACUAGUUCUGAACUUCUAAGAAGUGUUGUGUCAGCAGAGGACAAUGCGCGCUCCAUUUCAGGAAGCAAGAACACAUCCACUUCUGAUCCACUUUUACAUGGUAAAGUAACUCACAUAAAGGUGAAUUUUGGAGAUGAAGGCCCUCUAGAACAAGUGAAGUACACUGUGAUCUGUUACUAUGCAAAACAAUUUGAUGCUUUGAGGAGAAUAUGCUGUCCAUCUGAGCGUGAUUUUGUUAGGUCACUAAGUCGCUGCAAGAAAUGGGGUGCUCAAGGAGGAAAGAGCAACGUUUUCUUUGCAAAAUCAAUGGAUGACAGGUUCAUAAUUAAGCAGGUCACCAAAACAGAAUUAGAGUCUUUCAUGAAAUUUGCUCCGGACUAUUUCAAAUAUCUGUUAGAGUCAAUUGGCACUGGCAGUCCUACUUGCAUUGCAAAAAUUCUUGGUAUUUAUCAGGUGAAGAGCCUGAAAGGUGGAAAGGAGACAAGGAUGGAUGUUCUCGUCAUGGAAAAUCUUUUAUUUGAACGUCAUGUGACAAGAUUGUAUGAUUUGAAGGGCUCUACAAGAUCAAGAUAUAACCCUGACUCGAACGGUAGUGAUAAAGUACUUCUUGAUGAGAACUUAAUUGAAGCAAUGCCUACAUCCCCUAUUUUUGUCGGGAACAAGGCGAAGCGACUUCUGGAGAGAGCUGUUUGGAAUGAUACUGCAUUCCUUGCUUCCAUUGAUGUAAUGGAUUACUCAUUACUUGUUGGUGUUGAUGAGAAGAAGCAUGAACUUGUUAUGGGAAUCAUAGAUUUUAUGAGGCAGUAUACAUGGGACAAACAUCUAGAGACAUGGGUGAAAGCUUCAGGAAUAUUAGGUGGACCAAAGAAUGUAUCACCAACAGUAAUUUCACCAAAGCAAUACAAGAAGCGUUUCAGGAAAGCCAUGUCGGCCUACUUUCUUGUUGUUCCAGAUCAAUGGUCGCCUCCAGCAAUCAUCCCCAGCAAGCAAGUGUCUGAAAGCGGCCAAGAUAAUGAUCAGUUUCUCUCCACGGGAUCAUGAUGCAUGCUGGACCUUAAAAAUGCUCGGAAAUAUUGUGGAAUAACUCUUUUUUGUCACAUAUAUAGAGUUCUAUUAAUUACUAUUUAGCUCAUUCUUUUUCAUUGGCCCUAUUUAUCUGGCACCUUAUUCUUUUUUCUUUGGAAGAUCAAGAUGUACAAAAUCUAGCUGAAGUUUCUGGAAGUUCUAGAUAGAAAAUUGACAAGUGUAUAGGAGGAGCGUAUAAAGAUAUGCCAUCUACAUGAGUCUGUAGUGCACUGAGAUGAUACCAUGCAGAUAAAUAGAAUUACUUCUACCUUUGCAAACA